UUUCAAUUACAGUUUACUUACAGGAAGUGUCCAGGUCUCUAAGGACGGUGUGAUGUAAAAAGAAGCGCGCAGAGGAGCGGAUAUCACGGGAUCGGACCCGCGGCUGAAACCGGAGAGAUUGACGUCGGUGAGUUUUGCUUUUCCGCAAGUUCCGAGCGAGGGACCGUGCGGACAGCCAUGGCGGGGUCGCCGGAAUCUAUCUUCAUGAGCUCCGCCGACCUCAUCAAGAAGGAGCCGCUGGACUAUGGGGGCUGUGGUCAGGUGUACCUGUGCUACCACAAGACGUACGGCCAGGUGGUGCUGAAGACUGUGUACACCGGCCCCCCGCGGAACGAGGGGAACAAACGAUCCCUGAUGGAAGAGGGGAGCCUGAUGCACCGGCUGAACCACGAGCGCGUCGUCAAACUGCUGGGCCUGAUCCUGGAGGACGGGGCGUACUCGCUGGUCAUGGAGCUCAUCCCCAAGGGCAACCUGCUGUCCAUGCUGGAGGAGGUGGAUGUACCAGUUUCCAUCAAGGGGAGAAUUAUUCUGGAAAUCCUGGAAGGAAUGGUUUACUUAGCCAAGAAUAACGUCAUACACAAAGACCUGAAACCAGAGAACAUUCUGGUGGACAAGGACUUUCACAUCAAGAUUGCAGACCUGGGCCUGGCCACCUGUCAGAGCUGGAGCAAGCUGACGAAGGAGGAGUCUCGCCGGCUGAGCCGCCGCGGCGGGCGUGGCAGCAUUCGAACCGGCGGCACCCUGUGCUACAUGGCCCCCGAGCACCUGGAGAGCAUCCACACCCGUUCCUCCGAGAAGUCCGACGUCUACAGCUUCGCCAUCGUCGUGUGGGUCAUCCUCACCCGCAAGGAGCCGUACGAGAACGCCCGGAGUGAGGACCAAAUCUGCCAGUGUGUGCGGAAAGGAGACCGGCCGGACGAAGGCGCCAUACCCCCCUGCACGCCCACGGAGAUGAUAGCCAUCAUGAAGAAAUGCUGGCAACAGGACCCAGAGCUGCGGCCAACGUUCACAGAGAGCUAUGAGUCAUUCCAGCCCUUCUACAAGGACAGCCUGGAGAAAGAUGUGGAGGAGGAUAUCCAUAAACUCAUGGCCAUGUAUGAGGGUCCGGACCACUUUUUGGAAACUAUGAAAUCUCUAUCACUCGACAGGCCCAGCCUACAAGCUGAUCCCCCGGCCCCCCUGCGCAGCUCCGACAUCGUGCCCAUUGAGGCGAGCAUCGAGGACCUGCACUUCCACCCGGUGGAGGAGGCGGAGCCCUCGCUCCAGACGGACGCCGCCCCCGCACUCAGCGACCUUGAGCUGAAGCUGGCGCAGGAGUACGACUACCACAAGCACGGCAGCUACAGCUGCGUCGACCCCUCAGCCCAGCCCCCCCACCCCCAACACGCUGCCAUCCCCUGGACCCCCGGCCCCUGGCCCGCCGCCAACGACGCGGACAGGCCGCAGAGGGCCGCAGGGACCAUCCCGCGCCAGGUGUCCUCCGUCCAGUCCUGGAGCAAGGCCGACGCAGUCCCCGCGACCCCGGAUGACCCCCUGCGGAGGUUCAGCCCGUCGGAGGCGGCGCCCAGGCCGGAUUACAGGGGCCAGCCCCCAAGCCCCGCCUACAGCGUGGGAGCCUCUCCCAUGAGCCCCUACCCACCCUAUACGGGCCCGGCGUUCCAGCGGGUCCCGUCCUGGACGGCGCACCCGGUACCGGAGUCGUCAGACAUGCCUGACCUGGGGGCUGGAAUCCGCCAAAACUCUGCCAAGAUGCUGCCUCAGGACCCAGGAAGUCUGUUUAUACACAGUGCCAGUGGCAUCCAGAUCGGCCAUAACAACCACCUGAGUAUCCGCAGCCAGGACUUCAGCUCAGGGAGCUACCAGCCGAGCGCCGUCAGCAACAACAGCCUGUACAAAGAGCUCCUUCUGCAGUACGAGGACCGGCCGGUGAGGGAGGACCACCUGGACGUCCUGCGUGAGAAUAUCGGGGCGCAGUGGAAGCGUUGCGCCCGACGCCUCGGCCUGACAGAGACGGAGGUGGAGACCAUCGACCAUGACUUCUCCCGGGACGGGCUGAAGGAGAAGGUGUACCAGACGCUGGAGAGGUGGAGGAUGAAGGAGGGCUCCAUCGGCUGCACCGUGGGCAAGCUGUGCCGAUCCCUCAGCGACUCCGUCAAGGUGGACCUGCUCUGCCAGCUGCUGUUCCUGUGCCAAACCUCCAGCUCCUCCCCGUAGCGCUUUCCCCCUGCAGCCCCUCCUCUUUACACGUCCUCAUUGGCCCUCCUCCUGUAGCCCCUCCUCUUUACACGUCCUCAUUGGCCCUCCUCCUGUAGCCCCGCCUCUUUACACGUCCUCAUUGGCCCUCCUCCUGUAGCCCCUCCUCUUUACACGUCCUCAUUGGCCCUCCCCCUGUAGCCCCUCCUCUUUAGACGUCCUCAUUGGCCCUCCCCCUGUAGCCCUGCCUCUUUACACGUCCUCAUUGGCCCUCCUCCUGUAGCCCCGCCUCUUUACACGUCCUCAUUGGCCCUCCUCCUGUAGCCACGCCUCUUUACACGUCCUCAUUGGCCCUCCUCCUGUAGCCCCG